AUGCCUUUCAAAAUUCGAGAUAGUAGCCCCGAACGGCGGCGGGAGAAAAAGGAGUCUAGUAAGAUGGAAAAGCAUGAAAGAGAGCGGAAAGACAGAGACAAAGACAGACAUCGCUCGCAUCGCAAAACGCCAACGAAGGAAAAGACCACAUCUAGAUCAUCGCUUUCACCCGCGGACGGAAAGAGACGAUCUUCCAUGCCUGGGAAAGUUGAAGUCGAAGAUGCCUCCCUCAGAUCCGAAUCCAAGUCUAGUCUUCCAUAUCCGACCUUUUCCAAGGAACACAGUCGGGAAGCGGUGGGGGUUAGUGCGAGGCCGACGCUGAAUGUGUUUACACCACCUACGACGGAUUUGAAUGGGUCCAAGGACCGGUUGUCAACAGGAAAGUCGACGCCCAUGUCCAACCAUGCUCCUCCUAGUCCACCUCUCACCGAUCAGAACUCCGGGUCGGGAAAGUGGAGACACAACGCAGGCAAGCCAGUGUCUGUAGAGACGAUACCGGAAGAGAAGGAUAUAAGGAAUGACAAAGAUUCCAAGAUCAAAGCCAAGCUACGGCCACGCUCCUCCAGAUCCAAUGGCCAUUUACGCAGCUCGUCGGAGCUGGGGGCAAAUAGUUUGCCGACGAAGAAACAUCGAGAUGUAGCAGACUCGCCACUCAAGACGACAACUUCGGUUGAUACUGGUAUUCCUCAGAGAUCAGUCAGUCAACCGACCAGACUUGACUCGCCCAUCACGGCAACAAGCGCUACCGAAUCGGCCACCAAUAUCAGCUCGGACGCAACCUCCAUAGCCCCAGACCAACCCAGUAUUCAGCGACCUGGCUCGAAGAUUCCUCCAGCGGCGGCACAACAUGAUAUUCAACACCAUCGCGGUCCAAGUGUUCAGCCCCAGUCCCGUGGCGUCACGCCCUUGGAGGUAUUUGUUGAAGACGGAUCUUCAAUUCUAUCUGCCACUGCCGACGGCGUCUCGGCCACUCCAGGACCUCCACCUCCUCCUCCGCCUCCUCCUGUCAUUGCCCCAGUUCCCAAAGUCGAUUAUUUGCUCCAACAUGGCGGGUUGAAUCAACCAGUGCCGAAGAGACUUUUGUUGGCGGGUAAGCCCAUGGCCGUGCAACAGGCUCAAUCCCCUGAGCAGCCACCAGUUGUGGUUGCGAACCUCUUUCAACCUUACACAUCACUUCUCGAUGAUUACGAAAAGGUCAUGUCGAAGAACGGCUCUCUUGCUGUUGCGACAGGCUAUCGAUCUGUAGCGCGUCGAUUGCUCGACCGACUCGAGGCGGUCUUUGCGCGAGAUAUCUCCUCCGAAGCUUGUCGUUGUCCUAUGUGCGGGUAUGACCACUCACACGAUGUGCGGAGUGUUAGCUGGGGGGAAGCGCUGGAAUUGGUCUCUGGUCGCAAAGAGCUUCCUCCUUGGCCCCCGUUCACGUUCACACAGUCUCCGGUGGGAUUGGGCAUUUCCCUCGAACUCCAUGUGCCGAUGCAAAAGCUUGAUAUCGAUGUUCCAGAUGAAUACCGGGAACAUUACAUCCGACAGUCGCGCAAGACCAAACAAAGCGUCGACAAGUGGUUGAACCGUCAAACCGACAGUCCCAGCUCUCCACCAGAAGAAGUUGACGACGAGACACUCACCUUUGCCAUCCUCACACAUCUACCGGCUGAGCAGAGACCAGUGUUCAAGGACCUGUUGGGUAUUGUCGACAGACCGAUGGAACCCCCUCGAAGAGCUCCGACACCAGACUUGCGGACACAGAAUGGUCUCGCGCCUCGACCACCCCUACCCACCCCGACUCCGACUCCCGCACCUCGUAUUCGGCCGGAACACAUCACCACUGCAUCUCAAGCAAUACAACGGCUAUAUCGACUGCCUGUUGCACCACGAGACUCGGAGGCUGCGCUGUUCCUCUUCAAUAACCCUACAUUGCACAAUGCACUGGCCACCCUUGCCGCAAUAUCCAAUGAUGAAUGGGAUAUUUUGAUCUCCGGUCGGUUUGACGGGUUCUUGCGCAGUGGAGCCGAGGAAGGGCCCACGUCGAUGGCAGAGAUGGGCGUCCCUUCCAGAGGUCCUACACCGCAUCGUCCACCCACGCGAGGCAUAACGCCAGGCUAUGUUGGGGUUGGCGGCUCUGCGUCCGUACCCAACGGCGAUGACUACCGGUCCCGACAAGGAAGCUACGGCCACACAUCCUCAUAUCCAGGUGCGACGGCACAGUAUGGUGCUCCCAUCGCUUUCGACGAGGAAAUCGAGCUUGCCACGCUGGCCGAGGUCGAGCGGGACAUUUAUGCCGGCAUGGAGGCCCUCGAGGAUGCCUUUGAGGCCUUACAUAACAAGGCCGAGCUGGUGCGUCGCGCGUUGCGUGAACGUGCUGCCGGUCUGGCUGCAGCUGCACAACGCCGACGGGGUCAUCUCGGUGGAGGGGUUGAGGUUCGCAUGGACACUCCGGCGAGUGGAAUUCUGCCCAGUUUUCCUGAUGGUGACACCGGCGGCGGCGGUGGGAAACCAUGGGAUGCUGAAACGGAUGACGGGUUGGGUGAAUGGGAUGGGUACAGUGAGAUCGAACCGGACGAUUCGGCGAGCAAUAUCUCCAGUGCGAGACGACGGCGGCCGAAACGAAGAAACGAGCGAAGAACCCCGGCUCUCAUCGAGGAGGAAGAUGAGUACGAGGACAUCAUCAGUGAAUGGACCGGCAGUCCGAGAAAGCGGUGA